ACGGGCCGGGCGUCUCGCAUCCCGCGCGCACCCGGUGGGUCCCGGUGCCCGGGAGGAAAAGCGGAGGCGACGGCCACGCAGCUAGAGGCUUGGGGAGCGACGCGAGGGGCAGGCUGCCGGGAUCGCCUGUGCACGACGGCGGCCGGGGCGGCUGUCGUGGGAGUCUCCAGGGCUGGGGUGGCACUGAUUCCGCAGCCACUGGUGGGAUGAAGCUGCCCAGCGUCACUGUGCCGCUCGCAGCCAGCUGACCUGCGCCCAUCCGGCCCAGGAAAGGAGCCGCCGCGGGGCCGUGACCUUGGCCGAGGAGGGGAGACGAAAAAUCCCUUUAACUGAGACCGAACCAAGUGACAUGGCCCAGGGGAAUAAUUAUGGGCAGACCAGUAACGGGGUAGCAGAUGAAUCACCCAACAUGCUGGUCUACAGAAAGAUGGAAGAUGUCAUAGCACGCAUGCAAGAUGAAAAAAAUGGAAUUCCCAUUCGAACUGUCAAAAGCUUUCUUUCCAAGAUACCUAGUGUCUUCUCAGGCUCUGACAUUGUUCAGUGGUUAAUAAAGAAUUUAACGAUAGAAGAUCCAGUGGAGGCGCUUCAUUUGGGAACAUUAAUGGCUGCCCAUGGUUACUUCUUUCCAAUCUCAGAUCACGUCCUCACACUCAAGGAUGAUGGCACCUUUUACCGGUUUCAAACACCCUAUUUUUGGCCAUCGAAUUGUUGGGAGCCAGAAAACACAGAUUAUGCUGUUUACCUCUGCAAGAGAACAAUGCAAAACAAGGCAAGGCUGGAGUUAGCAGACUAUGAAGCUGAAAGCCUUGCAAGACUACAAAGAGCGUUUGCCCGAAAAUGGGAGUUUAUUUUUAUGCAAGCAGAAGCACAAGCAAAAGUGGACAAAAAAAGGGACAAAAUUGAAAGGAAGAUCCUUGAUAGCCAAGAGAGAGCAUUUUGGGAUGUACACCGACCUGUGCCUGGAUGUGUAAAUACAACUGAAGUGGACAUUAAGAAGUCAUCCAGAAUGAGAAACCCUCACAAAACACGGAAGUCUGUCUAUGGUUUGCAAAAUGAUAUUAGAAGUCACAGUCCCACGCACACAGCUAUACCAGAAACUAAACUUCCAACAGAAGAUGAGUUACAGCAGCAGAUAAAAUAUUGGCAAAAGCAGUUAGAUAGACAUCGUCUAAAAAUGUCAAAAGUUGCUGAUAGUUUGCUAAGUUACACAGAACAAUAUUUAGAAUAUGACCCAUUUCUGGUGCCUCCUGACCCUUCUAAUCCAUGGCUGUCAGAUGAUACUACUUUAUGGGAACUUGAAGCAAGUAAAGAACCAAGCCAGCAAAGGGUAAAACGAUGGGGGUUUGGCAUGGAUGAAGCACUGAAAGACACAGUUGGAAGAGAACAAUUCCUCAAAUUUCUAGAGUCAGAAUUUAGUUCUGAAAACUUAAGAUUCUGGCUAGCAGUGGAAGACCUGAAGAAAAGACCUAUUAGAGAAGUUCCCUCCCGAGUACAAGAAAUAUGGCAAGAAUUUCUAGCUCCAGGUGCCCCCAGUGCCAUUAAUUUGGAUUCUAAGAGUUAUGACAAAACUACACAAAAUGUAAAGGAUCCUGGAAGGUAUACAUUUGAAGAUGCACAGGAGCAUAUUUACAAAUUGAUGAAAAGUGAUUCCUAUCCACGUUUUAUAAGAUCCAGUGCCUAUCAGGAGCUUCUACAGGCAAAAAAAAAGGGGAAAACUCUCACAUCAAAGAGAUUAACCAGCCUUGUUCAGUCUUACUAAAAGGAUCAUCAUGUAGCAUGGAAGCUGACUGGAGUCUUUGCAUAUACUUUACAGCUCUUUGUUUUACCUAAUGCAGAGAUAUUAAACCAAGAUGUUGCAUGAGGAAAGGACCUGAAUUUUUCUCUUUUUUGUGUACAUUAAGGCAUAAUCUACAGAGAACUUUACCAUCUCAAUGCCUCCAUUUCAGAAUGCCAUCUUCUUAUUUCCACCUUGUAUACUAAGCUGGAUCUGUGUGUCUCCCUUUUUAUUUUACAAGGUAAAGUGAAUUAAAAUUUCCAUCUACCUUUUCAGUCACUCUUUCUCUUAAAAGCUUCUGCUAGAAACAAUUUCCUAAAAUUCAGUCAUAAACUGGAAGAACUUUAAAGGGAAAAGUUAUGAAUAACUAUACAUAUAGCUUCACAUUUAUUAAACAAUUAGCACAAACUUUUAUUUUAUCAGAAUAGUCAGUCAGAAACAAAGUCAUGUCUUUGCUGUCUGUACAUACUCAGUCAAUGUUUCUUGCAUUUUAUACUAUAUAAGAAACACCUAUUGUUCCUAAUGUAUUAAAAUUAGAUCCCCAUCUCUGUAAAUUUGUGUGUUAAUAUUGUUGCAUUAUCUUUCAUUAAAAUAUGCAGAAUCUCUUUGUUUUUGAAA